UUCAAAAUAAAGUACAUUCUUAAAUGUAUUAUAAGAUCAAUCAUUGUGUAAACUAAUAUUACUAAGUUUGUAUUAGAGGUCAUUUGUACUUAACGUUUGUCAAUAUAAAAAAGUAACCAAAAUGUUUAUUAUCGUAUCCGAACAUUAACAAUAUGGCUAAUAUUUGACAGAUUCAUUUAUCUUUAUUGGUUCAAGCCAGCCACAAUUGGGCUUAUUACACAAUUGAUAUGUAGAAGUUGUAAAUUGUUUUACACCCGGAAUAGUGUCUUUAAAAGGACAUUGCACCCAUGAAUUUGUUAAUGAUCGUGACAGUUUGUUUAUACUUAGGAGCUUUUCUAAGAUUUUCUAUUUACCAUCGUGUAACAAAUUAUCGGGAGUGAAUCGUUUAAGAUGGACAGAAUUACAGACGUAUUCUCUGCAACCCACAUGAUACGAACGAAACCUGAGAGGAUGAGGUGAAUUCAAUCGACUUUGUAUUCCGGAGAAAAAUAAUGCCUUCGAGCGGAUCAGCAAAAGUGCCCAAGGUAGACAGGUCCACAAGUCCUCUGCCACAUAAGCCCGUGAAUCCUGUCCAAGAAUUAAAAGCUCUUUUCGCUGAACCACCCACGAGAGUGUCAAAUGGCAGCAAAGAACAAGAUUUUCGUUUCGAGGCAAUUCAAUGUUUACAAUCUUCCGCUGUCAAAGAGACCAAACAGCUACCGGAUCGAGGAACCUGGAGUAGCAAGGUUGAAUUCAUCCUAUCCGUAAUAGGACUGGCAAUAGGCUUAGGAAACUUAUGGCGAUUUCCUUACCUUUGUUACAAAAAUGGUGGCGGUGCUUUCAUGGUGCCUUACUUUAUCGCUCUCGCACUUGCCGGCGUACCCAUGUUCCUCAUGGAAUUGUCUUUAGGACAAAUGAUGACGAUAGGCGGACUGGGUGUAUUUAAGAUAGCUCCAAUUUUCAAAGGUAUUGGAUACGCUACCUGUGUAAUUUCUUGUUGGACGAACGUUUAUUACAUUAUUAUCCUGGCAUGGGCGCUUUUCUACUUUUUAGUUUCCUUACGAUUCGAUGUACCGUGGAGAACAUGUGGUAAUCCCUGGAACACGCGUUACUGUCUCACCCCUACGGAACGUUUAGAAGCGUUGUGUUGGCCCGAAAAUGGGGAUACUAUAUGUUCUACAUCGAUCGGUAAUUUGAGUCAUGCAUUGCUACAGGAUCCGGUAAAAGAAUUUUGGGAACGACGUACUCUUCAAAUUUCCGACGGUAUAGAAAACGUGGGUUCGAUAAGAUGGGAACUGGCGGGUACAUUGGCUGUCGUGUGGAUCCUGUGUUAUUUUUGUAUCUGGAAAGGCGUGAAAUGGACAGGAAAAGUCGUUUACUUUACGUCGUUAUUCCCAUACGCGUUGUUAGCGAUUUUAUUAGUAAGGGGACUUACGCUUCCAGGGGCAAUGGAAGGUUUACGGUAUUAUGCAACACCGAACCUCUCGAAACUUGGCGAUCCUGAGGUAUGGAUAGAUGCAGUGACGCAAAUAUUUUUUUCUUAUGCGUUGGGUUUGGGUGCUUUGGUUGCCCUUGGAAGUUACAAUAAAUUUAACAACAACGUUUACAAGGAUGCACUCAUUGUUUGUACAGUAAAUUCAUGUACCAGUAUGCUUAGCGGUGUCGUUAUAUUUUCUGUGGUUGGGUUUAUGGCUCAUGAACAACAGAAACCCGUUGCGGAUGUAGCUGCCUCUGGUAAUUACUUCUACUACUUUAUUACGAAUCAACUUUUAUUAUCUCCUUUGCUUUUAAUCGUUUUAUUAGGUCCAGGACUAGCUUUUCUGGUUUAUCCUUCUGCAGUUCUGGAAUUACCAGGUUCAUCAAUUUGGUCUUGCUUAUUCUUUUUCAUGCUUAUCCUUAUUGGCUUGGACAGUCAGUUUUGUACAGUUGAAGGCUUUAUAACUGCCGCAGUAGAUGAGUGGCCACGACUCCUCAGAAAACGAAAAGAGAUAUUCGUUGCAAUUGUGUGCCUUAUCUCAUAUCUUAUCGGCCUUAGCUGUGUAACAGAAGGAGGAAUGUAUGUAUUUCAACUCCUAGAUUCGUAUGCUAUAAGCGGAUUUUGCCUCCUCUUUUUAAUAUUUUUUGAAUGCAUCUCUGUUUCCUGGGCAUUUGGCGUAAAUCGUUUUUAUGAUGGCAUUCGCGACAUGAUUGGUUAUUAUCCAUGUUAUUGGUGGAAGAUAUGUUGGACGGUUACUACCCCUGCUGUUUGUGUGGGAGUCUUCAUUUUUAACAUAAUCAAAUUUGUCCCUGUGAAAUACCUUACAUAUGAGUAUCCAUGGUGGAGUCACUUGUUAGGAUGGCUUUGUGGUCUUUCCUCUAUGUUAUGUAUUCCUGGGUACAUGAUUUACAUCUGGUGUACAACGUCUGGAACUACCUCUGAAAAAUUCCGAAAAUUAGUGAGAAUAGACGAUGACAUUGCCACUUUACGAAUGAAAUUAAAUCCGACGAAAGCUGUUGCCAUUAAUACAGAACUUGAACUAUGAUUGUGUCAAUGUACUUUGGUUUAAGAACAAUUAAUGCUGCAUGUGUGUUCUUUCAAAGUAUGACUGAGAAACAUGAUUUCAUACGUUGAACAAUAUCAUAUCCCAUACUCAUAUAAUCAUUUAUCAUAAACAGUAAACAAUUGUUUGAAACAUAAAAUGAAAAACAUUGGCAAAUAAUGAAAUGUAAAAAAACGAAUGUAAGACAGAAGAAACUUCAUAAAAAUAUUCAAUUAAAAUGUAAUUAAAAUAAAAUAAAUACUUUUAUUUAUCAUACAUUAUACAAUAUCAGACUUGCCUACAUUUUGAUUAAUGCAGUAAUAAAAUUUGUAACUGAAAAAA